GCACCUGCGCCAGGCUCGGCGGCGUCGUCGAGGGUCAGAGCGGAGGGUUCGUGAGUAUGCGGACGAGGAACUUCGAGUCGCCGCUGGACCUCUCUGGGUAUGAUGGCAUUCGACUGAAGAUCCGCGGCGACGGCAACAGGUUCAAGCUCAUCCUGUACGACGAGGACGACUGGUGGGGCUCCAUCGCGUUCCACGCCGCGUUCGACACCGUGGAGGGCGCGUGGCUCACCGUGGACGUGCCCUUUGAUAGCUUCCGCGCGGUGCGGAGGGGCGAGGCGGUGCCCGAGGGGUCGCCCGACCUCCGAGCGAUGAGGACGACGUCUGUGCGAUCGAUGCAGCUGAUGCUGUCCAAGUUUACGUACGGGAUGGGGGAUCUGAACAAGUCGUUCGCGUCCGGGCCGUUCUACCUGGAGGUAUCGAAGGUGUCGGCGUACAGAGGGGACGCGGGGGCGACGCGAUGAGAAGGAGGAGGAGGAAACCGACGCGUUUCUUCGCGAGUUGUGGUCCACUUCUCUAGAUGAGAUCCAUUUCUCACGGUGUCUCCACGACUCUCACGGGAGUGGGGUUCGUGGAGACACGACGAGCGACAACUCGCGGAGGAAGGCGUCAUGCACGCACGACGAACGCACGACGAACGCACGACGCACACGAACGUGAACGAGAGUCGAAGGCCCGCGUUGUAAUACCAGUCAGCACGCAAGCUUGGUC